ACCCAUCGAUUGCAUCGGCAGCACCAACUCCCUCCCAGCCCCAAAAAGCGGAUCGCCGAGUGGUCGAUGGCUGUCAUGUCUGCACCCUGGGAGCACGCUGUCUGAUGAGGCAGAAUCCAGCCCUGAUUCAUUGAGUGUCUCCCCACUGCCGCCAUGUCUGAGGUAGAUGUUGUGGCAGACAUCUUAGCAGAGGCUACUCUGGAUGACCACGCGCCUAGCGAUGCAAUGCCCUCUGAGCUGGUGACUAUUGGAGCCACUGUGCCAACAGGAUUUGAAUUCACGGCCGCAGCGGAAGUAGAGGAGAAGCUGGGAUGUCGCUGCAAAAUCAGCAAAGAUCGGGGCAAAAUCUACUUUGACAUCAAUACAGACAUUCUGGCGGAGGUUCACCGUCUGAGGUCAGUGGACAAUCUGUUCGUUGUAGUUCAAGAAUUCACAGACUUCCCGUUCAAAGAAUCGAAGGAAGACGCCCUGCGGGAUUUUGAGGCGCUCGCUGCAAAGCUGUCCUGGGAGAAAGCCCUGAGCACCUGGGAGCUAAACAACAACCUGAAAAAGAAGAAAAGGAGGAAGAAAGCCGGCAAUAUUAUCAAGGAGAGGAAGCCGCCGGCAGCUUCUUCUGAGACUCCGGGAGAGGACGGGACGGAGGAGGCUAGCGCGCAGCCGACGGUGCCCUCUGUGAGGCAGCAGAAGCUUGGGAACGGUGACACUAAGGCAGAGGACAGUUCAGAGGUAUCGACUGCUCCUUCACCUGACAAUGCACCGACCGCGGGCAGCGACGCAGAGAGCAGCGCAGCGGGCACUGACGCCAGUAACGUCCUAAAAUUCCGUGUCACAUGUAACCGAGCUGGGGACAAACACAGCUUCACGUCCAACGACGCAGCCAGAGACUUCGGAGGGGCCGUGCAGGAGCAUUUCCAGUGGAAGGCCGAUAUGACCAACUUUGAUGUAGAGGUUCUCCUGAACAUCAGUUACAAUGAAAUGUUGGUGGGAAUCGCUCUGACUGAGGAAAGUCUGCACCGCCGGAAUAUCACCCAUUUUGGUCCCACUACCCUGCGCUCCACCUUGGCUUACGGGAUGCUCAGGCUCUGCGACCUGGAACCAUCAGAUGUCGUCAUCGAUCCAAUGUGUGGAACCGGAGCCAUCCCCAUAGAGGGUGUGAGCGAGUGGCCCAGCUGCUUUUUCAUCGCUGGCGAUAAUAACCUGAACGCAGUGAACAGAACCGCCAGCAACAUCUGGUCCUUACUGAGGAAGCAGCAGAGCCCGGAGAGCGCCCCCCAGGGGCUUCCGAUAGAUGCUGCGCAUUGGGACAUAUCUGGCUUGCCUUUGAGGAGUGGGAGCGUGGAUGUUAUAAUUACAGACAUGCCAUUCGGGAAGAGAAUCGGGUCAAAGAAGAAGAAUUGGGACCUGUACCCGGCCUGCCUGCGAGAGAUGAGCCGCGUGUGCCGGGCCGGUACAGGAAGAGCCGUUCUCCUCACUCACGACAGAAAGUGUUUCAUCAAGGCCUUGGCCAAGGCAGGACACCUGUGGAGAAAGAUGCACACGGUCUGGGUGAAUGUCGGAGGGCUCCACGCGGGCGUUUACCUGCUGAAACGAACCGCUCUGGACCUGUCUGAUUGCUCCAGUGAGAAGUUGGUGGAGAACCAGCCCCUAAGUCCUAAUUCACCUGCCAAAGAGGAAUAAGCGUCUCCCCAGGAUGGCCCUUCCACAGAGGAACCCUGGCUAAACGCUGAGAUCUCUCCCGAUAAUACAUUCGGUUAUUACAUGUUAUAGAAAGUUGGUUAUUUAACCAGGAGAUGGACAACCUUUCGCACUCUGUUUACCGUGGUGUACUGCAUUGCUCCAAUGAGUGGGGGAAAGGGUAAAAACGAUAGUUACAUCUUGUCUCAUAGUGGGCAUUGGUCAGUAGGCCUCAUACGGUAUAAUACAUACUACAUAGAGAUGCCUCCUCUCUGUGUACAGGCUCUGAGAACACCGACAGUGUUCUAUUACUUCCUUCUACCUGCAGUCUGUGGUUUCCCUGUUUUUCCAUCCUUACCACACUCCCAAUGCACUCACACCACACCCCCAAACUAAAAGGUUAUUACACAUGAUUACGUUUGUCAGCAGAGGAUUAUGGGACGAACAGGCAAACAAUGGCUCUCAAGUGUAUGGUAAUUGCCUUCUUAUAGCAGCUAAGUAAAGGCUAACAGUUUAUAUACACAUUUGCUUAUUUAAAUCCGUAUCUUGUAACUAAAAUUACUACUGGGGGGGCCUCCAUUAGAAUCCAAAUUGUGCUUCAAUGUCUCUUGAGAAUGGAAGCAGCCAUUUUGUGUGAGCCAGUACUCAUGAUACAGCCUAUCCAUUCCCUCUGAGAGAGUGACCUAAUUUGAGGCACAAAAGUCAGUGAUGUCACUUGUUCAUAGUGAUUUCAUAGGCUGCCGUCUUCUGGAUACUGGUUCAGCAUAUACAGUGGCUUCUGCCCCUGUCGGUAGGUGACAGUAGGUCCAUUUUGCUGAAGCCCAGCCCGGUGACAGCCUUGGGGAAUGUGUUUCUGUAGCUGACGGAGUGCCAAAGAUUGCCCGUAAAUUAUUUUGCUGGUACUGUUGGGGUUCCCUGACCCCUGAUUGCAUACGCUGCUCUGUGCCGCAGUUUGUUAGAAAAGUUAUACGGAAACGGUUUUCAAAGUUGUUUUAUUUAUGUUUGAACACCGCCCUAUAUGGUGUUGCCAUAUGUUCCAUAUAGUCUAGGUGGCGAAUUCCUUGAAAUUAUCUAUUCAUACUGUUUCUUACUGGGAAUAAAGUUUUCCAUGUGUUACAGUUUGA